CCAAAGCAAAGAGUUGCUAUUUUAGCAAAAUGUAUAAACCAACUUGGUGGGAAUUUUGCGCUUCCUUGCUAAUGUUGGCGACAUUGUUUCAACAGUGCGCAGGCUCACAGCGCUUUUGCGGGAAAGCGUUACCAGAAGCGCUCGAUCAGAUUUGUUUUAAUGGUUACAAUACGAAAAUUAAAAAGUCAAUGGAAUGGGAUGAUUACACCAACAAUGAAGUCGGAGUAGAGCUGCCGCUCCCCUACGCAAAAUGGCCCUUCUUGGCUAAAGUUCAUGGUGGACAAGUUAAUUUGAAGGCCAAUCAACGUGGUCGUCGUCAUGGCGUAUAUGAUGAAUGCUGUCGCAAGGGUUGCACCUACAAUGAGUUGGUCUCUUACUGUUUGUAAAUUUUAUUUGGAUCUGAAUAACAAUUCUCUUGAAUGGUUACCAAUCGCAAGAGAUUGUGAGGAGCGUGGCUAAGAAGGAGUUACGCUUGAAAAUAUUCAAUGUAAAUCACUCGUUGCUAAAAGUUUUUUUAUUUAUGCUUCUGAGCCAUAUGCUGCAAUGCAGAAAUAUAAAAAAAUAAUAAAUGAAAAUAAUUAAAA